AUGAAGCCAGAGGCUGCAAACGAAAGAGCUAAGGAUGCACAGCGUCAAAAGCCAGCGUCGAAUGGCUCUGGCCAGAAUUCUCCAGUUACAGCAGGGGCUGUGCUCGCGGCCGGCCGCAGUGUCCAGCUGGGGCGCAUGAGCCAUGCAGACCUCAUGUCGUUGGCUGAACGGCACAACAAAGAGCUCGGCCUGGUCGGCGAUGUAAUGAUGCCGACCAUGCGCGGCGUGGCGGAAGUUGCUACAGUGCGGCCCCCGGCAGUGCACCCCUUCACUGUGGGAGGCGGCUCCCGCAAGGACGAAUACCAAGCCGCAUGGAAGUCCCUCUCAAAGCGCACUGGUGUGCCCUUGAUGUCCAGCGUCGAGGGAACUCAGCAAGCCGCGGCAGUUGCAGCCGGCACGGGCGGUCGCACCGCCCGCCCAACCUUUGCAACCGCCAUUACCGCCGCGACGGCAGCUGAGGUGCCGGCAGCGGCGAACCAGGCCGCUCCGCAGCCGACGCACGUGCAGAUGUAUGGCCUGGGGGAACAGCCGCUGCAGCAGGUGCAAUUCGUGGAGGCACUGACGGCCUGGCUGGGUGUAGGGCCCAUAGACCUGCCGCUGCUGGCGCCGGGCGCACCCCCGCUGUCCCUGCGCCGCCUUUUCAUGGAGGUCCUGGAGGCAGGCGGCUCUAGGCCAGGCAGCGGCCCGGGUAGUGGGGUGGGCGCGGCGGAGGCCCCGGGGGGCGGCAGCGGCUCGCGGGCUGUUGGUGACGGAAGCGGCAAUGGUGGGGGCGGCGGCGGCAGCAGUCGGUGUGUGUCUUGGGAGGCCCUUGCUGGGCGGCUCCAGGGGGAUGAAACCCUGGGUGACCUGCUCCAACAGGUAUAUGACGCGUUUCUGCUGCCCCUGGAGCGGCGGCUGCCGCGGGGCACUCGGCCGGCGCGCGUGGAGGCGUGGAUGCAGGAGGACCUCCGGCGGCGGGUGCAGCUGCGGGGGGAGGACCUGGCGCCCCCUGCGGAGCAGACCUGGCCAGGAGCUUCUCCGUGUCACACACCGGCGUCGCAGUCGCAGCUGUCCCCACCCGGGUCCCUCAUCGCGGCGGAUGCGAUGCGGGCGCUGCGAACGGCAGCUGUGGCGGCGCCGAGCCUGCUGCCGGGCGUCAUCGUGCCUAGCGGCGGCAGCAAGCGCGCGCGGGCCUCCAGUCGAGGAGGUCGUAGAGGCGGGAAGGCAGCCAGCAGUCGGAAACGCGCCCGGGGCACUGGGGCCGCCGUGGAGGCCGCCGCGGAGCCGGGCCGCGACGGCACCCUAGGGGGGGUUAGGGGGGCCGCGGGGUCACCAACCACACAGGCGACUGGGGCCAUGGGGACGAAGGCAGACGCCGACGGCGGUGCCGGCGGCUUCGGAGGUGACGGAGGCGGAGGUGCGGAAGGCAGUGGCGGUGGCGGCGGUAGCUCUCUGGGCCCGGAGUUGACGGAUCCGAAGGCAUCGGCUCUCCUGGUAGUGGUCGCGUCGCUGAGGGAGCUGCGUGCGGGCCCGCCCGGGUGCACCAGCACACGGGUCCCGGACCUGAGAGCCAACUUCAUGGCGAGGAGGGGGGACUCAGGUGGCGGCGCCCAGACGCCGGUGUUAGGCGGUCUGGAGGUGGAGAACGGCACCCGGGAGGGGGCCCAACCCUUGGCGGAUGGGGAGGAUGCGAGUGCGGCCAGCCGGGGGCCAGGGGCGGCAGCCCAGCGGGGCCCCCGGCAGGCAAAGCGGCAGCGCCAAGAGGACCCCGGGACAGCGGGCCCAUCGCCGCUGCCACCGAGGCAUCGAUCAGGCCCGCCUAUACCGCCCUCGCAGCAGCAGCGACAGCAGCAGCAGCAGCAGGCAGAGCGGAGGUACGACCACCCGGGGAGCUCGAGCCAGCAAGCUGUGCCAUUGCAGAGGCGACAUGAUUCCCGACCGAAGCAGCACGGCAGGGAGGUGCCGCAGCCGUCGCCGCCGCCGCAGCAGGAGCCAUGGGAGCAGCAACAGACGCAACGAGAUCGAGAUCGAGAUCGAGAACAUUCGCGUAGGCGAGGAAGCGACGAUUGGCGGCGAUCAUCGCCGUACUCGCAGCCGGCGCCAUCAUCGCACCAGCUGCAGCGUCCCGCGCAUCGUACCUCAGGAUCUGCCGUACCAUUGAUGUCCGCCGCGGCGACGUCGCCGUACGAAUGGCGGCCGGCGCUGCCGAUGUUGCGCCAGGCGCAUCGGGCGCCGCCGCCGCCAACUGUGCCUCCAGCGGUACAACAGCACCUGGAGGAAAUGCGGCGGCAUGCACAGGCGGCUCGCAGCCAGCCGUACCACGGUGGCGGUGGCGGCGGCGGGAGCGGGAGCUAUUACUAUGAACGGCCUUCGCCAGUUGCCGAGCGAGACAUCGGGCGCUUCGAGCCCGGCCCAGGAGGCUUUGGAGGAGUUGGCGAUUGGGAUGAGAUGGGCAACGGCGGCGGCGGCGGCGGAUGGGGUUAUGGCGGUGCGCGCGACGUGCAUUGA